GUUAACGUGGCUGACGCAGACAGCCCAGCCCACGCCCGGCUCAACUUUACCAUCAUAGUGGCCAUGAUUGCGUUGACCGGCAUCAUUUCGCUCUGCUUGAUCGUCGCCAUCUUUUGUGUCCGCCGUCGGCCAUUGGCCGCAUCGGUGGUUAACGGUGUUUUGGGUCACAGGGACUUGCGGCGUGGCGGCAGGGGCCGUGAUGGCAUCCGGCAAAACGGUGCAUCUGGUAACGGCCACCUCUCUUCUGGCUUGGGCGGUCCAGGCCGCCCAUGCACUGGUGGCUAUCUAGGCAAUGGGGUGGGCCACGAGGGCCUUCUGCCCCCGGUUUACGGGGUACUUACGUCGGUUCCGCCCAGCCUGGCUACUUGCCUCGAUUCUACCGGGGGCCUGGGGCUCGGGCUUGACGCUAACGGCUAUGGUCACCACCAGCCGUUGCUUGAUGGCUCCGGUCACAGCCAAAUCCUUAGCUUGAGCCAAGCUGGAACGCUUGGGGGGAAGCUGGCUUCUGGAUUCUUGCAGGCGAGCAAGCUCGACGCUGAUGCGACUGGACAAUUUUACAUUUCACAUGUUGCCGAUUCUACAGGUUAG